UUUUUAAUUAAAGGAAUUGCGAUAGAGAAAGUACACUUUAUUUUUUUCUUUUGACAUGUACAAAAAUUUCCAUCCUUCCCUUAAAAGCCAACACAUUUCGAUCCGUUCACACUUGAAUCCUCCUUGAGAAAAGAAUUCUCGUGCGUUACACGUGAACAACCAGCGGUGUGUGUUGCAUCUGCCUGAGUUCUCCGUUUUGUUUCGGUAAACCAACGCUCGGCACUGUCGAUGGAAAGAUUACCGCAUCGUGACAGCCGCCGCGUCAGUCAAUCGGCGGGUCGAUAUCGCGCUGACAAUUGCACCGAUAUCAGACACGCACGUACGCACACACGUCUAUGAGAGCGGAAAGUGAAUCGAUAAUCGUCGCCGGCCGCUCGAUGAGGAGCGAACUCCGCGAGUGGAACGUCGAACUCAUCGGCCGCUCCGAUCGAAGCCCACGAAAGGAAGAAAGUAGAAAGGGUAAACGAGCGCGAAGCCAUAUUCGGAAGCGGUCGCGUCUAAUUGAGAGGCUUUGCACGCGGUCGUUCGGGGCGCCAGACGCGACCGAGAGGUCCCUGGGCCACCCCUGACUCGCUCGUACCCCCUCGCGUCCCGUCCCGACCCUCGUCCCCCGUUCAUCCCCCUGUUCGUCGCCCUUCACCCCUCUGAAGCCGUCCCUCCCGUCUCCUCUCCUCGACCCCUGCGUAUCGAGUUCGUUACAGAUCCCCGUGGCGAGAUCCCCGCCUCCCUCGCCCCUCGACCCCGCUGCUCGUGCUCUCGCUCUCUCUCUUGAUCUCUCUCCCUCUCUUUCUCUCGCACCCCCCUCGUACGCUCCUCAGCUCCGUCGGCUCCCUCGUCUCACCCCUCGGGAGAGCGAGAGCAGGCACCCUCCUGCCGGAGGCUCUCUCGCGUAGCGUAGCAUUCGCGAUUUGCGCAACUCCGCACAACUCCCGUGCGAGCGCGAGACGCGCUCGUUUUCUCUCCGUGUGUCUCUCCCAACAACGCCACACGACUCAACCUCGUGCGCGCCCCUACGUCGCCGUAGCAUCCCGUGCAGCGAUUACCGCCGGAGGUACGAAGUAGAGAGGAAGAAGUACAACAGACGGAGGAGCCGGCCGGACGUGCGAAUCGUCCUUCCGGGAAGAAAACUCGCGUCGUCCCGGGCAAAACUGCGACGGAAUUCGAAGGGUACGCGGACGUUGUCGACGACAUCGCACGGACUCCAAGGGCUGCGACGAGAAAGAGAGAAAGAGAAAGAGAGAAAGAGAAGGAGCGAGAGAUUGAAAGGGAGAGAGAGAAGGAGGCAAGAGCGUCGAACGGACGCGUCGCGGCGCGCUUUCAAGCGUGCGCACGCGAGCGAGCGAGCGUCGUUCGGCGAGUCGCUGGCUCACGAAGUCGAGGAUCGUCGCAAAGGACCCCGCUGGAUUCGAAGGACGAAGCGAGGAUCGGCGUGGUGGUUGGUGGUGGUGGUGGUGGUGGUCGUAGUCGUCGUCAUCGUCGUUGUCACCCUCUUCUCGUCUCCCUCUUGAGCGUCGCGCCGAGGUCGUGCGCGAAUCGAGCGAAGCCGCCGCGCGACUUCGACUCCGCGAGCCGAUCGAUCGAGAACGCGUCCAAGGGAGGCUGACAGUCGAUUUGCGACGCCGUGGUCGUCUCUCUCCCUGCGUGCAGCGGGCGGCCAUUGAUCUCCGUAUCGACGCCAGCCGCGACCAAUCGCCAACGGCCCCUCUCACCCCCCGCCCGCUGCUCCGGCCCGCGAGAGUGCGGUGCGGAUUCCGCCAUCGGUGUCGCGCGAUCGAGUUAUCGUUCUUGUGAAUCGUUCGUUCUCUCGCGACCCCGAACACCGGAGGCAAGAGGACAUCUUCGGGAGAGCAGAGGCAGCCUCGUAAACGGCGCAGCGUGGCGCGUCAUGGACGACGACGCGCGCCUUAUCGGCGUAUCGACGUUUCGAUCCUGAGGGGGAAAGUGCGCGGAAAUCGGCACGCGGGUUUCGGCGCACGCGACAUCGGCACCUUGCGAGGAUGAAGACCACGCGUCGCAGUGGUGUGCUCGACGUAUAUCGAUUUCUUCAAUCGACCGAUCCGGCCAAGUAACCCGACCGAUCUUCCGCUGAGAAACGAUCUCCAGAGGUGAAAAUCCGGGAGUGAAAAAUUCAAGUUAGAACUUUGGAUGAAGAAAGUUCCUGCAAGAAAAAGAGCUACGAUCCAUUUUAUCGCAGCGAGAGAUUCUUCGGCAACUUGAAGAGCGUUCGUGAAAACCGAUUUGUGAGAGAGAUCGCAAAGUGCAUCGGGUGCAUUUUCCAACUUCGGUGGAAGAUAUCAAGGUGAUUUCUUAAGGUUGAGGGGAUAAUUUCCCGAAAGAUCUGCGCUCGGCAAGUUCGUCGCGAAGAUAGCGAGCGAAUGAACGGACAGCCGACGAUCGGCGAAUCGAAUCGAAUCGAAUCGGAUCGGGAGCAGCCUCGUAUCGCUGCCUGGCUUAUCGCUGGGUCGAGGUCGGACGUAGCGGCGGUGGUGGCAGCGGGCGCAGGUGACGCGAGUCGAUGUUUAUGCUCGAAGUAUUGGCCGCGCGCAUCGAGCUACGUUGGUCACGAGGUAUCGGAAAAUCGAUAGAAAGCUGACUGACGCCAGCGGCGGCGGUGGCGGCGGCAACGGCGGCGACGUCGGCGUCGGUCAGAGGAGUUGGUGGUGGUGGCGGUGAUGGUGGCAGGCGCGACGUCCGUGUCACUCAUACACCCUUAGUAGCGUGCCGCUGAUGGUGGUGACUUAGCCGUCAAGGGGUGGUUUCUGUGUUCACUUAACCUCGGUGCGGGAUAUCAUAGUCGUCACCACGAAGAGCAAGAACAAUUCUCCGUCUGUCCCAUCUGUCCAUCGAGGUUACCUUACGCGAGGAAUUGCGAGGAGGAACGAGAAGACGAUCGCGAUCGUCGUGUCUUCUCCCGCGCCAUCGGCGGCUAGCUUCCGGCGACGGCCGGAAUCUCUGAAGUCCGCGCGCGUUGAGUAGUCGCGCGAGAGCGAGAAAACGAAGGGGCGCCCGCCGUCGCGGAACCUCUUCACGUGGACGUGGACCUCUCUGUUGUCGAUCGUGGGGAGAAAAGGCGCGAACGGGGGACCACUGCGCAGGUACGCACGACGGUAACGGCUCUGGUGGCGGUUGUGCUGGUGUGGUGAUAGUGACGGUGGUGGUGAUGAUGAUGGUGGUGGUGGUGGUGGUAGUAGUGUGCGAGUAAACCUCCCUCCGUGAACGAACGUACGAACUGACACGUGGCAACGAAAGAAAGAGAAACAGGAAAUAGAGAAGUAAGAGUAAGAGGAGGAGGAGGAGGAGGAGGAGGAGGAGGAGGACAGAGACGCGAUCACACCUGGACCAAGCGAGGAACUCCUCGCGGCACGCGACGAAGAGCGCGAGCUUAGUGGUGGUAGCGGUAGUAGUAGCAGCGGCAACAGCAACAGCACAACGGUAGUAGAGUAGCAUAACGGUAGUAGGACGGACCAGGUGGCGACGGUGCCGGUAGUGUGACUUCGGGCACCGGGGUAGGGACCGUUAGGGAAAGAAGGCGGAGCGGAUGGGUCCCCGUUAAAGCGAGAUGGGGCGCAUUGGAGCGAGAUAGAACGAGUGAAAGAGAGAGAGGGAACGCGAUACUACCACCCUCCCCGUUCUCGCCGUUUCUUCUUCGUCCCUCGUUCUGGAACGGUUCGCGCCUGGCACUCUCGCUCUCUCUCUCUCCCUCUCUCUCUCUUUCUCUCUUUCCUCGCGUCUCUUCCACCAGGAGAGAGAGCCGGUGCCGGUGCGCUCGCACUCGGGCGCGCGAGCGCAGGGAGCGUGCGCUCUCACUCGCUCCGCACCACUCGCGCGGUGUCAUGGGCGCACGGUGGUCGUUGCGCUACUACCACCGAGUGCUCCCUAUGCCAAUUCGACGUGACCGAAGAGCGUCGUCUGCAUCGCCGUCGUCAUCGUCAUCGUCGUCGUCGUCUUCUUCGUCUCAGUCGUUGUCGUUGUUGUCGUUGCUGUUGCGCGACCGGCUCGCUGUCGUCGUCCACUCUCGAGAGCGCGCUGUACUCGCGGACUGUCCAUACCCCUUGCCGAGGGAUUCGUGCACGUCGCGGUCGUACGACAGUCAGUGACAGCGAGAUCAGUGAUCGCGCCGGAGGUGCGUAAAAUCGUCGAGUAAACGGCUCCGGUUAAGAAGCGAGCGAGUGCACGUCCUCGUGAUCGCCCAAGGUGGAGAUUGCUCCGAAACUCGCGGCUACUGUGCGGUGCGGUGCGGUGCGGUGCGAUACGGUGGUGCGGCAGUGUACCGCGGCUGGUGUGUCGCGGAGCGCGCACGCGGCGCAGUGUGAACACGUCGGCGAGGGCAGAGCGCGAGUGGCAGUGCGCCCACCAACUACCGAACUAGAUGUGCGUAAAUGGAAGGUAUAGGGGACAUAGGCGAUCAUCAAUCGCAUAGCGAGCAAUUACUGGACUCGGUCGAUUCCCCGGCGGCGUUGUCUACGCAUGGCCGGGGCGGUGGGGGCGGCUCGAAUGGGAAUUGUGGCGGAGGAGGCGGCGGCGUAGCGGGAGGAGGAGGAGGUGGAGGUGGAGGAGGAAGUGGUAGCGGUGAAGGUAGGGGCGUCGUGAUCGGUGGGGGUAGGCACAACAACCACCACCACCAUCAUCACCACCACCACCACCACCAUCACCACCAUCAUCAACAGCAGCAGCAGCAUCAACACGAGGUCGUGCACGAAGCGGCGGGGGUUGGUAGGAGCGGCGGAGGCGGAGGCGGCGGUAACGGGGUUGGCGGUGGUGGUGGCGGUGGUGGAGGAAGUAACGGAGGAGGCAGCGUCGAGGGUAUGUCUUCGUCGGCCUCUCAAAGCCCCGACAUCGCGUGCGCGAGCCUACCGCUGGAACUGCUCGCGGCUGGCGCGCUCGGCGUCAAGGAGGAGCGAGACCUCGCCGCCGCGGAGGAUCUGUCGUCGUCCCAGGAGCCGCCGAGCAUCGGCGGUGGUGGUGGCGGUGAUAGUGGUGGCGGCGGCGGUGGCGGUGGCGGUGGCGGCGGUGGCGGCGGCGGCGGAAUCGCAGGCAACGGCGGCGGCGGCAGCGGUGGACGCGCCGUCGGUGGCGGCAACGGCAACGGCAACGGCAACAGCAACAGCAACGGUGGUAACGGCGGCGGCGGUGGCGGCGGAGGCGGCGGUAGUGGCAGUGGUGGUAGUAGUAGUAGUGGCGGCGGUGGCAGGCAGAGCGCGCGGGAGUCCCUGUCGGUGAUCGUGCCGCCUCAGGACGUGGACGUGGACUCGCGCGACGCCGACGACUCGGAGCUCCUCAGUCCGGGCAAGCUAACGCCUACGUCGGGGAUCAGCGUGUCGGUCGCGAGUAUGAUCGACGCGACGGACUUCAGGGCGAUGCAGCCGGAGCCGACGUAUCAGACACUGACCUCGGUUACCGAGAGGAUGUCGCCGCCCGGCUUCAGUCCGGGUUCGUCGUACGCCACGUUGACGCCGCUGCAGCCGUUACCGCCGAUCUCGACUAUGAGCGACAAAUUCGUUUACGGCGGCCACGCGGCUGGCGGCGUCACCGGCAGUUUCGCCGUAAUGCAGAACAACGGCCUGGGUAACAUCGGCCUCGGUAUGGGCGGCUCGCCGUACGCGUACGACAAGCUACCCUCGAUGGGCAUAUCGCCGCCGCACAACUAUCCGUCGCCGGGCGCGGGCCUGCAGCCGAGCCCGCUGUCGCCACAGAGCGCGUACAGCCAGAGCGGCCUCAACUCGCCGCACAAAUCGUCCGCAAGUCCACAUUACGAUUCGGCGUUCCUGCCGCGGAUGCAGCAGAGUCCGGCGGCGCUGAGCCCGUCAUCGCCGCCGGCCGUCUCGGCUACAGCGAGUUUCGCGCCAUCGCAUCACUCGCCGCCCGGCACGCAUUCGGUGCCGAGCGCGGCCUCGCCGCCGCCGACGAUGCAGACGCAGCUGCAGCAGCAGCAGCAGCAACAGCAGCAGCAACAGCAGCAACAACAACAGCAGCAGCAGCAGCAGCAAUCGAUGACGCAACAGACGAUAUCGCACACGCAGCACGUGCAGCACACGUCGGUGGUGAUGAAGACGGUGUCGGCGACGGGCAACGGCGGCGCCGGCGAGGUCGAGGAGAUCAACACGAAGGAGCUCGCGCAGCGGAUCAGCGCCGAGCUCAAGAGGUACAGCAUACCGCAGGCGAUCUUCGCGCAGCGCGUGCUGUGUCGCAGCCAGGGCACCCUCAGCGACCUGCUACGCAACCCGAAGCCCUGGUCCAAGCUCAAGAGCGGCCGCGAGACCUUCCGGCGGAUGUGGAAGUGGCUGCAGGAGCCCGAGUAUCAGAGAAUGACGAACUUGCGGAUAGCAGCCCCGAACAACUGCUCCGAGAGCGGAGGCGAGCCGGACGCCAUGCUGGACAUUCACCACCCAGGAAUCGGGAUCGACCCGCACCAUCCACAGUUUCACAACUCCUAUGCUGCACAGAUUCCACAACGCGGAACAUGCAAGAGGAAAGACGAGAUAGCGAACCAGGCAGAACACCAACAGCCCGCCCCCAAGAAACCGCGGCUGGUUUUCACAGACCUUCAGCGCCGUACUCUACAGGCUAUUUUUAAAGAGACCAAAAGGCCGUCGAAGGAGAUGCAGGUGACAAUCGCGAGGCAGUUGGGCCUGGAACCGACGACGGUCGGGAACUUCUUCAUGAACGCCCGACGCCGCUCCAUGGACAAGUGGAAGGACGAGGAUCCGAAGGCGGUCGCGGUCGAGGAGGAACAGUUGUCGCCCACGAUAGGCAUCGGCCAGCGCCAGUCGAACGAAGUUUUGUGACACACGUCCGACCACGAGGAGUACCACGACGAGUCGCCUGACGAGGACCUGCCCUUCUCGUAAGGGCAGAGUAUCACCUCGUGGACGUAUCCUCGCCGACACGCUCGAUCUUUGUAAACGGGGACUGCAGAGGCUACUUUCGUAGUAGUCUUGCACGGUGCGCGUCAUGAAUCCUACAUCGACCAAGUUGUUCGGCUCGAUUAAUUUACGAAUCAAUUUGCAAAGUACACUCGGUCAUUGCUCGAUUGCUCGAUAUUUAAUUCAUUCCUUCGCGGUGUGUAAUUAAUACCGCUGCGGCUUUUAUUGUUGAUGAACGACUCCGCUUGAUUUGCGUUGCGAGAGUUUCCAGUAUGAGCGAUAUUUAAUUUACACGAGAAAUUCAACAAUCGUGGAAUUCAGUAAUCUCGAACAAUCUUCUAUUUAAGUAGCCUUCAUGGAAAUUUAUCUUUUAUUUUACAUUUCAUAUAUCGAGAAAGCGCAUAUCAAAGCCUGCCCCUGAAGAUCGAGCUGUGUCGCGCAAGAUCGUCCUGGCCGCUGAACGCGACCGAUCAUCGUUACCGCCGCGAAUACGAUCGCUAAGUGAUCCAGACCAGAUCCACUCGUUGCAGUAUGAUUUCACAAUUUUUAGGCUAGUGCGUUCGAUCGGUAUGGAUCGUUCCUUUAAUCUUGAGUCAAUGGGUUUUCUCGAGGUCGAGAAAGUCGAGAACUAGGAAGACACUGAGUUUCCGGUUGAUUCUCGAGCGAAUUAUCCGUGUUAUCCAUAUUUUCCUCAACAAUCUCUUUCAGCAAUCUUGCAAUAUGAAUUAGCUAUCUUUCCCCCCCCCCCUCCUAUCGGGCGAAUAAUUCAUCCCACAGCUCGCGUCUCGACCUCGAGUGCCUCGCAAACUUUCGUGCCAUAGUUUGCCAUAUUAGCGCGUAAGUGAAUCCCGAUUCUUCAAGUCGUAUCUAGUCCACGCUGUAGCACGUUCGACCGUCGCGAGGCGGUUUCCUCCCCUUGAUUUCUAGUCAAAAUUCAGAAGCGCGUUCUGAAUCCGCCCCUGGCACGAGCAUCGCGAGAGCCGCACUUCAGGAAGCGUGUUUUUCCUCCUCCUCGCGCGAGGAGCGAGUUUGUUAAUUUAGCGAGGCGGCUUUAGUUGACCCCGUUCUCGGUUAUCGUUGUUAAUUUAUUUUUUUAAAGAAUAAAACAGCCGCUGCUUUAAAAUUUGAGAUUUGAAGUGACGUUCGUUGUUCUCCAUUUUUUCAUGAUAAUCUCGAGCCCGGCACUUCAUCGAUACCGCGGAAUUCGAGAAAGAAUUCCGACACGGAUACAUCACGAGUAAAGCAGCGGCUCAAGUUCAAGUAGCGAUCGAAAGCAUUCUGCUGUGUGCGUUGACUCUUUUUAGCACUUUUAUUUAAGACUAUGUAUAUUUUAUUUUGUUCACUCUUAAUAAGUAGUUGACCGUUCUUUUCUUUUUUAAGACCCGCAUGUACCCGAAAUCGCGCCCUUCCUCUUAAUUCAAAUUUUUGAAUUACGAAUUCCAAUAAUUCAAGCUGAUUAAAUUUCCAUUCGAGAUCAUUAAAGAUAAAAAAGACGAUUAAGGGGAAAAGCGGGAUUUUUCCGAAGCACGCAUUGUACAUAUUGUUAAAGAGCGAUCGAGUCCUGUCGAAGGGUCGAUCGACAUUUUUUCCACGAGUAGAGCAGCGGCGGUAAAGUUGAACGAUGAUCGCGCGAUCAGCGACGCGAAAUGCGCAAUCGGCUCGUCGUGUCCUCGUUGGUCAGACGAAACGUGAACCAAUUUUCAAAGUGGCUUCGUGUGAGGGUGCACGUGCCAAGUGAUAUAGAUAUGUAUGUAUAAACAUGUAUAUCAGAGAGUGGACGCUCUUUUGUGCGAACCGAUGGCAAGAGGGUGAUAUAGUGGAGGAGAUAAAGAGGGAAGGAGAGAGAAACAGAGAGAAGGAGAGAGAGCAAUUUUGAAAACGAGUGGCCGCACCACUGUGUACGAGAAAAACCAAGGGAGAGAGAGAGAGAGAAAAAAUGUGAGAGAGAGAGAACGGAUGAGUGAGAGAGAACGAAUGAGUGAGAGCCUGCGAGGAAGAGAGAUUUUGCGAGCCGCACUCGAUAUCGUACUGCAAUUGUGCUGUGCUAUUGUACAUAUUUAAAAAAAAAGGAAAGAACACACACAGAGACACACACAGGUGAACACACGUACACACAGACAGACAGCGUAUAUAUACACACGUAUACAUACUUUUAUUACGUAAGCGGCGGCAUUCGCUAAGCCGGGCGAAAACGAAUCGCUGUGACGUUUGAUUGCAGAAAAGUGCAUUCUAGCCGACUUGCACUCCGCGUCUGUGGCUCUUGCGUAGCGAGAAUUCUUUCGAGCUUCUAAUACGUACACACACACAUACGCGUACACAAGUGUCGGUGCAAUGUCGCGACGCGGCGAGCGAUCAGUUCCGCGAUGAUUUCGUCUAAAUCCUGUGUCAUGUUCCUCCGCUUUCCCGCACAAUCGCGAAGGGAUCGUGCGUCGAUCCUAGUCCGAUCAAUCAUGCACGGGGACGGAUCGCGUCGGUGCCAAGGAUCCAUUUAAUCAGGAAUCAACGACGAUCCAAGAUCGCAGAGAAUCGUGAACGUCGAUGAUCCUGGAUUAAAUCUGACUCGGCAAGAAGCGAACCAAUCCUUCCUCACGUGUGUGAACGAUCACGAUUGAAACGACGUGUAUAAUUGAAUCUUUGAAUAAGGGGACGAUAAUUCGCCCAUCCAUGAUAAUAAUUAAACAUUCUGUCGUCAAUUCUUCUUGCGCUCGUUCCAAGAUCUCUAAAGUCCAUCGUUCAACGAUCCUAACGAGGCGGGAGCUUUCGCAACUGAGAGCGAGAAGGGUUGAUGGGGACAUUUUAAUUAUUCCCGUGCUGCGCGAAUUCUUUAUCCGGAAUACGAUACGAUACGUGCGGCCGCAUUCGCUGAAAUUAAUUGCGCCGCAGCACGGAAGAAUCGUUCGAUCGCCGCGUGCGUUUCUGCGGAGCACACGCAAACGUUCGUCUCGCGAGCGCGGGACUCGCGAGACGACUCGCUUUUUUCGCGCGCGCGAAUGCCCGUUCAAUGUUCGUUCGGCGAUGUUACCUACGGCGAUGUUACUUAAUUUAUUAUAUUUUAGGAUUAGAGACAAAGCACGCGCGCUCACGCUCGCGCGCCUCUGAGCUACUUGCAGCAGUUCGUCUCGUCGCGAGCGAGUGUAAUUUAUUGUGUAAUAUUUUGUAAAGUUAUAUCGAAUCCCUUAGUGUGUGCAUGGCGACUCGAGGUACGUUAAACCGCUUUACGUGCAGCAAUUACAACAAUAACAGCAACAGCAGCAACAAUCUUCUCUCUCCAAAGAAAAUCCGAAUACACCGACUCACACACGAAUACACACACACAUACACACACGCGUGCGCGCAAGACAUGUGUUUCCCCUUAUUAACAUUGCACGUUAAUUGAUUAGCAUUUUCCGAUGCUACCCGAAUUAUUUAUUGAAUUAAUUUAUCACAAACGACGUCUCUCAAAUAAACGGUCAUUCCAAGCGAGCAUCGCUGUUCUGAGUGUUUGAGGGAGCCGGGUGCUCCGUGCUGGAUUUCCCAGAGACGGCGAUCGGCGAGGACGACGCGCUCGCGUCCGCCCGCGUCCGUUGACGAAGGGAGGAAACGAAGAGCGCGAGCGGAUGACGAGGCGCUUCUCCACGCGACGCGGAGUUCAGAAUACACCCACGGUACCAAGAGAGCGAUGAGAGAUGCGAGCGGCCUCCUCGGUCGUCGGUUUAAGAUCGUAUAUAGUACAAAGUAAACGUAUAUACAUAUUAUGGUAAUAACGGUUUAAUUAGAGAUGUAAGCGAGGGUGCAUCGCGCGUCCCCCGUCCUUCGAGGAGGAGGGAAGGGGAAGAAGAGUGUUCAGGACGAUGGAGCAGGCGAGCAAGAUCGGAGGGGCAUCGGGUUUUCGUGGAGGGAGGUUUCCUUGUCGAGACGACGAUAAGCGCGAUUGUUCGCGCGAACGAUCGGGCGCGAAAGUUCCGAGCGGAAGGAAAAUCGUCCCGUGAUCGGGUCGAGCGAGCGGUACUUGCCUCUCAUGUUCCUUCGCCGUGGUUCCCCGGAUUCGGCAAAUUCACGGUCGGUUUGAUGGAAAAAUUUGGCACAGAAUUGUUGUUCGAUAUCUUAUAUCUCGCUUGAAUUCUACGAUGACGUCAAGGGGAUAGAUUUUCCCCGAGCAUUAAUAAUUAUGAAAUUAAUUUUUACUCGAUUUUUCACGGUGUUUGAAUAAUUACUCUUGAAUUUAUUGAAUAUUUGAGAGUACCUUAAGCGUCACAAUUAAUUAUGAAUUCUGUUAAUUAAUAAUUUUAUUACUUUGGGGUUCCUACGAGAUAUUAAUUUUAAUUAAUGAAUGGUAAAUUACACAAUUACGACCGUGGAUUUGCAGGAACGAGAAACCAUGGUUCAACCGAUGAAGGCAAAGAUCGAAGCGUCAUUUGAUCGAGACCAUUUUGCAAAUGCGCUCAUUUUGGUAUUCAUAUUCGUGUACAUGUGCACUCGCAGGCACACAUACACGAGGAAGAGAGAAAGACGCGUGCGUGCAAAUAUGUGGCGAAUAGAAACGGAACGACGUGUACGAUAAGUAGUGUAAAUACAAUUUUAGUUGCGCGCGGAAGAUUCGUUAUUGCCACGAUCAUCAUUACCGACGAAAAUGAUUAUUAACUGCAGCGCGACGGUGAGCGGGCGCGAAAGAGAGGGAGAGAAAGAGGCGUUUUUGUUAAAUAGGAGAAAA